CUCGAAAUAAUCCAAUGGCUCAAAUUCAAUCUUCCCUUAAACAUUUUCUUUUUAUAUUUUAUAAACCAUUAUCCCUCCCUCCCCUGUAAUUCUUCCGCAAUUCUGCUCAAUUCUACUGAUUUAUUUAUAACUGAAAUAUUAGAGCACGAAACACAUCAUUUUUCUUCCUCUCCGGUUCUCUCCACUGCGAUUGUCUACAGUUCGUAUGCAACAACCUACCAUAGAAAGAAAAAUAAUCGAUUAAAAGAUCAGACGUUUUCCCGUAAUAAAUUUGGUUUGCUGGAGUGGUUUUUAUUUAGUUAGGGUCUUUUGUGUGGAGAUUUUUGGCAAUGGGUCCUGUAGAAAAUCCUGUAAACAAUAAAGAAUAUAGGAUACCAGGAGAGGCAAAGGAGAUGUUGAAAUCGUUGGCAUCCAAGUGGGAAGAUAUUGAUGAUGCAAAUUCAUUGCAGGUGAUCCCUUUAAAGGGUGCAAUGACCAAUGAGGUUUUCCAAAUAAAGUGGCCUACAAAGACACAGAAUAUGUCGCGUAAGGUUGUAGUCAGGAUCUAUGGUGAAGGAGUGGAGGUGUUUUUUGAUCGAGACACUGAGAUUCUUACGUUUGAGUUCAUGUCGAAGCAAGGGCAGGGACCUCGUUUACUUGGGCGGUUCUCAAAUGGACGGAUUGAAGAGUUCAUCCAUGCACGGACACUAUCAGCCUCUGAUCUGCAUGAUCCAGAUAUAUCUGCUCUUAUAGCAGCUAAAAUGAAGGAGUUUCAUGGUCUUGAGAUGCCAGGUCCAAAGGAUAUCUCUCUGUGGCACAGAUUGCGAUAUUGGCUCAAAACAGCUAAGAGUUUGUGUACUCCAGAAGAAGCUAAAGACUUUCGCUUGGAUUCCAUUGAGGAUGAAAUUUCCUUAAUUGAAAAGGAACUCUCAGGAGAUCAAAGUAUAGGGUUUUGCCAUAAUGAUUUACAAUAUGGCAACAUAAUGAUUGAUGAAGAGACAAGAUCAAUAACUAUAAUUGACUAUGAGUAUGCAAGUUACAACCCUAUUGCUUUUGAUAUAGCAAACCACUUCUGUGAGAUGACUGCUGACUAUCAUACAGAUACACCCCAUAUUUUGGACUAUAGUAAAUACCCUGGUUUGGAGGAGCGUCAAAGAUUUCUUCACUUAUAUCUGAGUUCCUCAGGUGGUCUACCUAGUGACAUUGAAUUGGAGCAGCUGCUCGAAAAUGUUGAGAAGUAUAAGCUUGCGAGCCAUCUUUUUUGGGGAUUAUGGGGGAUAAUAUCGGAACAUGUCAACGAAAUUGACUUUGACUACAUGGAAUACGCAAGGCAGAGGUUUGAACAGUACUGUUUAAGGAAGCCUGCUUUAUUGGGUUCUUCAGGAACCACCCCUGAUGUAGCUUUGACUGAUGGUAAUUAUAGUAUCUAAUUGCUACUCGCUCUGUAUUGUAUCACAUACAUUUAGUUGUGUACAGGAACUGACAACUCUAGAUUGUGUUAUAGUCUUUUGGUGUGUCAUCUUAAGAAUAUUUUCAUCUUUGAUCGGUA